AUGGAUCUUCCGGAGGAAUUAGUGAUAAACAUAAUCGCAAGAUUGCCGAUGAAAAGUCUCGCUAGGUUCAAGUCGGUUUAUAGAGAAUGGAAACCGUUUACGGAAUCUAAAUAUUUCCGACAUCUCUACCAUAGCAACACCAGUUCAACCUCUUGUUCUAAUUGGUCGAUCCUCCGCAGAGAUGUUGGAUCGAGACGUUCUGGCUUGGAGGAGGUGAAACUCGAUUUGCCGCGUGAGUCAAGGCAUGGUAAUACUUCCUUUGCGAGUUGUUUUACUCUAAACACGAAGAACAUUAAGAUCAAAGAGAUUAGGGUUGCGGCUUGCACUGAUGGAUUGGUUUUGCUGCGUCUCGAACUCGAUGACAUGACCAUACGUUACGACAUUGGGAAUCCAGUGCUACAACAAUGGAUUCAACUCCCUCCUCCUCCUAUUCCUAGAGGGUCAUCCCAUUAUAAUUACAAUGAUUCGGGACUUGUGACACGAAUGCACAAUCACACCCUCUUGGGUUACAAGGUGGUUCUGAUACAUAGGGAAUUUCGUAGUUUUCCAACAUAUAGAUUUUUUAUUUUCUCAUCGGAUACGGUUGAAUGGAGUUUACAGGUGCACUCUUGUCCCGGUCCUAGUACUAAUGUUACUAGCAGGACAUCUAAUCCGGUUUCUUUGAAUGGGAAACUUCACUGGCUUGAUCUCUCGGGCCAUAUUACUGUCCAUGAUUUCUUCUCUAACGAUGAUCAAGUUCGAGCCAUAAGCCUACCCGCCAAGAUGCAAGGCAGUCCUCGUCCAAGCGGUAUGAUGGUCUACACCACCUCGCAAGGAUCGUUUGUGCUUAUUGAUGUUGAAUUUAUGGAAGAUGUCACCAAGAGCUAUAACGUUAGGAUCUGGAGGCUCAAGUGUGACUCUUGGAGCUGGGAAAAGGCAUGGGAUAUCAACUUGGCUUGUGUAGGGCUUGGCCGUAGCUGUGUUCCAAUGGCGAUCAACGUUUUUGAUAUCGACAUCAUCUACCUAUGGGAUUUUCACAACAAAUGCUUCCUCGCUUGUAACCUUCGGACAAAUACAAAAUCUUAUGGAGCUCGUAAAGAUGGUUACGCUAUCUUCUUCGAGCGAUGGUGGUGCCUUUCGCAGUUUGUUCCGUCCUUGCAAGUCGUACCUACGUUGGAACCCAAGUUGAUUUAA